ACGCUUUGUGCUGUUGUUUUGCCAUUCUUCAGCGACGACGCGCAACGCCCUGUUGCUUGUUGCUUCUUGGGUUGUGGUGCCAUCGCCUCCAACCACCGCGUUUGUUUGUUGUUGUCUUUGCCCUCUCUCUGUUCUCGCUUGCCACGGAGUGCACAGCGCGGGUUUCACCACGAACAACUACCACGACUCACCAUGGGGGAUACACUGGAACUGAAGGAGAUUGACUCCGCCUUUACCUUCCUCGGUGAAGGCACGGGCAACGACGAUGGCGGCGCCAAUACCAUGUCGUAUGUGCAGUUUGCGCGCAAGUACUUCCAAGACAAGAGCACGAGCUCGUACAAGCACAAGCGCGGCGCCAUCACGGGGCCACUCCUGAAGCAGAUUUGGGGAGACCAGGACGCAGAGCGCGUGCUCACUGUCUGGUUCACCAUCCAGCGGUUCAUGGGUGAUCUCCCGCCAAAAGACGACGAAGAAACCUCAGACAACCUCCAGCGCGUGCAGCUCAUCUGCAACACGGGCAUCACGCGCGCAAACACACGCGACGAGAUUUACUGCCAAGUGUGCAAGCAGCUCACGGAGAACCCCAACAAGGUCUCGCGUGCCCGCGGAUACAUCCUCCUCGCCCUCAUCGCCGGCUGCUUCCUCCCUUCAGACGCUUUCAUCGAUGUGCUGCGCCGGUUUAUGCACGAGGGCCCGCCCGCAUACUCGCCCUUCCUCCUGCAGCAGCUUGAGCGCACCCAGCGCGGCGGCACACGCCACCACCCAACAACAGCCGUCGAGAUGAUGAUGGCGUUCAAGAGAGCGCCUGUGGAGUUUAUGAUCCACUUUUACGUCGGCAGCCACACCGUCAAGUGCGAUUCACAGUCGACCAACGAUGAGCUGAUUGCGCAAUGCUACGAGCACGACGAACUGUCGCCCGAACUUGGCCUCACCGUCUACAUCACAUCCCCUUCAACAGAGAUUAUGACGUCGCUCAGCACGGGCUACUCGCACGUGAUGGACGCCGUGUUUGAGUACGAGAAUCUCAUGUCCUCCAAGGCAGACUGGCGCCUCAUCUCCCAGCGGAGGCCGUGGCUGGCUGUGCUGCGCAAGGAGUGCUUUGCGCCGUGGUUUGAGGGCACCGCCAACCUGCAGCUUGUCUACUCGCAGAUUAUGGAUGGCAUGAUCCGUGGGUUCUACGUGUGCGACACCGUUGAUGACUUGGCCAUGCUGCUGGCCCAGCGCUACUACAUCAAGUACGGCCACGUGCUCAAGCCCCAGAAGCUCCUCAAGCAGCUCCGAUCGCAGCCCGUCGCAGGCAUGCACGUCAAGACACCUGAGGAAUGGGCACAGCUCGCCACCACUGCGUUUGAUUCCAAGGAAUAUUACGGCAACGCGUGCACGUCGGACGAUGUGAAGGUCGAGGUUGUCCAAUACGCGCGCGAGCACUGGUUCAUUGAGUUCUCCCGCAGGUUCCUGCACUGCGAUCUGGUUGUUGACGGCAAGAAGACGAUGGAUGACAUGGCUGUGCUUGUCAACUGCAAAGGCCUGUACUUCUUUGAGUCGAAAGCUGUCGCGCAAGCCGCUGCUGGCGGUGAGCGCUUCUGCGCGCCCUUUGACCAGUUUGUCGACGUCUCUCCGCUCAAACCCGUCCACGAGGACGACCAAGAGCUGCAGGAGUUUAGCGUGUCGUAUGUGACACCGGAUGGCCUGUCCACUGUCCGUGUUGAGACGCGUGAGGGCGCGCGUCUGCGUGAGCUCAUCACCCAGUUCCACCAGGGCGUUGUCUACCGCUCCAAGUACUGCAUCGCCUCCCUUGAUUACCGCGCACCAGGCAACAACUCCGCAUUCCUCAGCUUCCAGCAGGGGGAUCUUAUUCUGCUGCCGAAGAUGUGGGCGGAGGUUGACGAGGCCGGUUGGGCCACGGGCGUCUGCGAACGCUCCGGUGCCAAGGGCGAUUUCCCUGCUGCGAAUGUGUUUGUGGUGCCGUCGUUGAAGCGGCCCACGACAGCGCUCCUCUCCAUGUUUGUCAAGUACAUCAAGACGGUCGAACCAGCGGCCGCACACGAACUGUGAACACGACACUUCCUCAAACUCGCGCUGCUGUUGAUUCAUGCUUUCCACACUUUUGCUGACCUCCCUCCCUACUCCCCGUUUUGUUCCCACCCCAUACCACCAUCGCGGUUAACACCACACACACACACACAACUUUCGUUUUUUUUUUUCUCACUGACGGGUGGCGCAGGCGCACCUUUCUUCUCCUCUGUUUUGAAACCCCUCCCCUCCCCUCCCAAGGCAGGCACAAUGCUUUCCUGUUUGCCUGGAGUUGCUUUGUUUUGGUGUUUGCUGGUUCCAUGUGUCAGCACUGCCUGCUGUUGCUGCUGGCCGUGCGUUUUGACCCCACCUCCCCAACACCGCUGCGUUUGUUGUCUUUGGUUGUGUGUGUGUGUGUGUGUGUGUGCCGUUUUUUGUUCUUGCUGGACGCACUGCUUUCUUCCCUCGUUUCGCAUUCAUUUUCGUCCCUGUUAUUGCGUUACAUGCAGCCCCAUUCUCCCUUGAUUUGUUGUUGUUGCGGUUCAUUGAACAUGCCAUUGGCAUUGACCCCCCUGAUCCCUCUCGUUCAUUAUUCAUUGCGCUUCCGUUUUUCCUUUCGUCACCUUCACAUACUCGACCCUGAAACCGUUGAACAUAUCAUUGAUACCACGCAAAGACGCUG